ACGGUGGGAGGCAACCUGCUGGUAAUCGUGGCCAUUGCCCGCACACCGAGACUCCAAACCAUAACUAACGUGUUCGUGACUUCACUGGCCACUGCUGACUUGGUGGUGGGACUCCUCGUAAUGCCGCCAGGGGCCACUUUGGCGCUCACCGGCCACUGGCCCUUGGGCGCGACUGGCUGCGAGCUGUGGACUUCGGUGGACGUGCUCUGUGUAACCGCCAGCAUCGAAACCCUGUGCGCCCUGGCGGUGGACCGCUACCUGGCUGUAACCAAUCCUCUGCGUUACGGCUCGCUGGUCACGAAGCGCCGCACCCGGGCAGCGGUGGUCCUGGUGUGGGUCGUGUCCGCCGCCGUGUCCUUUGCGCCCAUCAUGAGCCAGUGGUGGCGCGUGGGGGCCGACGCCGAGGCGCAGCGGUGCCACUCCAAUCCGCGCUGCUGUACCUUCGCCACCAAUAUGCCCUACGCGCUGCUCUCCUCCUCGGUCUCCUUCUACCUUCCUCUGGUCGUCAUGCUCUUCGUCUACGCGCGGGUUUUCGUCGUGGCCAAGCGCCAGCUGCGCCUG